GCAACAACAACGACGACGUCUGCUGCCUUAUGUACGACGCGCGUGUUAGUGUGAGUGCAGAAAACAUAGAGCAAAGCAUAAUACACAAUAAAGGUGCCCACCAAAGCAGAGCGGCCGAAAGUCAGCGCGUGUUUGUGUGGUUUGCCUGCAGUUCGAGCAGCAAAGAAGUAAAAAUAAAAUAAAAAGUGAAGUAUAGUGAAGAAGGAGAGCGCGAGAGAAGCGAAAAACGCUGACUCAAACUGGAGUACCGAUACUCUGUGGAUUAUUUACUUGGAUUAUUACCCUGCCAUUGGAUUAUAUAUGUAUGCGAGGCGACCACCGCGAUGCCAAUUAACUGGCUGGAUUAUUAGUGGAUUAAAAAUUGGAUUCAGAGAUUGACGCUUGUGCGAAAAACAAAAGCGAAUUUUAGCAGCGAGAGUGUAUUAUCUACUAUGAUGACGCCAGAGUCGAAAGCAAUAUUGCCAGCGACAACAACAAAAGCAACGGCAACGACAACAGAAACAACAACAGCAACAAUGGCUCAUACACAACAAAAGUCGCAGUUGUCAGCGUUGGCGAAAACAACAACAACAACAGCGGCGACAGCAACACCAACAAAUAAGGUGGCCAAAAGCGUUGUCAGCAAUGCAAAUAGCAAUGGUAACAAUUCAAGCAAAAAGCUGGCUUUGUCUCAGAAAACAACAACAGAAACAACAACAGCUGCACCAACUAAUGUUGAUAAAAUGCAAAAGCAACAGCAACUAAAGCAGCAACUUUUUGCUGCCUGCAGCAUUAAAGUAAAAAGUGAAAACACAUUAGCAACUACUACAACGGCUGCAACAACAACAACAACAACACUUGCCACCGGCAAAGCAGCAAAAACAAUAUUAGAAAACAGCAUCAAGAAGGAAUCAACGCCUCCGGUGACGACGACAAAUGCCGUUGAAUCCGCUGAGGCAGCCAACUCCACCUCCUCCUCAUCAUCUUCUUCAUCCUCCUCCUCCUCAUCGUCAUCGUCAUCUUCUUGGUCCACGACCAGGAGAGCUCCUUCAGAGGACGCCAGCAGCAAUGGUGGCGCCUCCGCCGACGAGGAGAAAACGGAGGAGGACCAAGGAGCAGCGGAUGCUCCUUCAACGGCGACAACGACUUCCGAUUUGGCCACAACUUCAAGGCCACGCCCCGUCCUCUUAACGGCCGUCAAUCCGCACAUCAUCUGUCACCUGUGCCAGGGAUAUCUGAUCAAUGCCACCACCAUCGUCGAGUGUCUGCACUCCUUCUGCCACAGUUGCCUCAUUAAUCACCUGCGAAAGGAGCGAUUCUGCCCGCGCUGCGAUAUGGUCAUCAACAACGCCAAGCCGAACAUCAAAUCGGACACCACGCUCCAGGCGAUUGUCUACAAGCUCGUGCCGGGCCUCUACGAACGGGAGCUGAUGCGCAAAAGGGCCUUCUACAAGGAUCGUCCACAGGAGGCCGCUUUGGCCACGCCCGAGCAGCGGGGCGAUGAUACGGAGCAUCUGAUCUUCAGUCCCUCGGACGAUAUGUCGCUAUCACUGGAAUACGCAGAGUUGGGUGAACUGAAAAUCGAGUCCGAGUCCGAGUUGGUGGACACACUGCGCCCCCGAUAUCUUCAAUGUCCGGCCAUGUGCCGAGUGAGCCACCUAAAGAAGUUCGUCUACGACAAGUUCGAGAUCGAUGCCCAGCGCUUUAGUAUCGAUAUAAUGUACAAGGUCAAGACCAUCGUGCUGCUGGACUACUACACGCUAAUGGACAUUGCGUACAUCUACACGUGGAAGCGGGAUGCACCCAUGCGGUUUUACUACCGGGUUUAUGAGUCGCCCCAGCCGCUGGUGAAGCCCGCUCCUCGGCGAGUGCUGCCACUGAAGCUGGAGAAGCAGGAGAAGGAAAAUCGACAGGAAGAACAGCUGGCAGUAGAAGCAGCAGCUCCGACGAAGGCGGAACCUGCGCCCUUGCCAGCGGUUCCUGCUUCCAUUAAAGUGGAGCAGCAGGAGGCCAUCAAGGAAAUCGUGAAAGAGGUGGUCAAAGAGGCGGUAACGGCACCACCCACGACCGAGCCACUCAAGCUGGUGAUCAAUCGAACUAUGCUGGAGAAGCGCGAGAAGAGUCACUCCCCGCAGACGAGCUCAAAGUCCUCGAAGAACUCACCCUCUACGCCCGUUUCUUCACCCUCUGAGCCCAAUAUCAAGCUGAAGAUCGAUCUGUCCAAGCAGAACAGCGUGACCAUUAUCGAUAUGUCCGAUCCUGAGCGACGGGAGAUUGUGAAGCCCCUGAAGCCCGAGAAGGAGUCGAGGUCCAAGAAGAAGGACAAGGACGGCAGUCCCAAGUCGUCGUCGAGCAGCUCCAGUUCUUCGUCGUCGAGUUCAGAGCGCAAGCGCAAGAGUCCCAGCCCGCUGACGGUGCCACCAUUGACCAUUCGCACGGAGCGCAUCAUGAGUCCCAGUGGAGUAAGCACGCUGAGUCCAAGGGUCACCAGUGGAGCCUUCUCUGAGGAUCCCAAGUCGGAGUUCCUCAAAUCCUUUGCCCUGAAGCCCAUCAAGGUGAAGGUGGAAUCCCCUGAGAGGAUGACCAACAGCAGAGCAAUUACCCCGCCUUCAACUUCAACUUCGCCUUCGUCGAAAUCGAAGGGUAAUUUGGACGACAGCAUUCUCAUGAAGCCGCCCAGCUGUAUGCCUCCCAAAUCGAUUGCUUCCUCGAAGAGAAAGAGCAAGGAACCACUGAAGGCGGUGUCCAAAAAACCGAAGCUAUCGCCCCCACUUCCGACUGUGGACUUUAAGAUACGUCUGCCGGCCACCAAUGGCAAUUCUCCCAAGAUAGAGAAGCCACUGAUGCCGCCGCCGUCAAAGCCACCAAUGUUGGCUCCCCGGAAGCUACAACCCUCCUCCCAGUUUGCACCGCCCCCAUCGCCCAUGCAUCAUCAUGCUGGAGUGCAGAUGUCCGCUCCUGGCAACCGGACGCCCAUCGCCAAGCGUUAUCAGCCCAUUCUGCCCAAGGCUUCGCGCCCGAAUCCGUUUGCCAAUAUCCCGAAUGAUGUCAAUCGAUUGCUCAAGGAUGCAGGUACCGAAAUCAAGUCGAUUGGCGGAGGAUCAGGAGAGAAUAACCAGAAGUCUCAAGUCUAUGGGCCCAAGGGAGACACCAAGAUGGGUCCUCCGGCUCCGCCAGCCAACUCGACCAACGGAAUUACUGCUCCUCAGAGUAGCAGAAACCUCGGAAAGCAGGGAAGCAGCUCGCAGAUGUCAGCCCCGAAUAAGAGUAACAACUAUCUGAAUCUGGCGCUGUUCAAUUCCAGCAAGUCCAAGGGCAAGGAGGCGCCUCCUGGCUGCCGCACGCCCAUGUACACGCCCAAUUCGCCCAUCUACUCGCCCAGUUCGCCGCAGUAUGUGCCCAGUUACAAUAUUCCCACGAUGCCCACCUACAAGUACACGCCAAAGCCAACGGGUAAUGCGGGAACUGGAAGCUAUAUGCAGAAUGUGCUGGGCGGAGGAUCUCUUUGUGGGCUGUUCCCCUCACCGCCCACCAAAUCCGAUCAGAAUACUAAUCCAGCUCAAGGAGGCUCGUCUUCUGCUCCACAAACAGCUGGCGGAAACGGAAAUGCGAAUGGCAAUCUCUACCUGCCCAGUGAGGAUGCACCCGAGAAGCAGCAGGUGAAGGUCAAGUCGCUGCUCAACUCGUGCAACAUCAAUAUUCCCUCCUCGCUUUCCAUCACCAUCUCGCGCGACAAUGGAGAUCCCUCGUCGCCCAGCAAUGGGCAGCAUCCGAAGCACAAGAGUCCGGUUAAUAACUACAUUGAGAUCGUUAAGCUGCCCGACCAGCCGCAGGAUCAGGCUCAGGCCGCCAAGGAGGCCCAGAAAAGGCAGUCGCCACCUGCGGCAGGGCCAGGACCUGUUCCCGCCAAGCUGCCAACUCCGGCGCCCUCCAAGGCUAUUCCUUCGCCGCAGCAUUUAAUGUCGCGCCAGUUGCCCCAAGUGGCCACCCCGCCGCCUCCAAGUGCUCCCCGUGUGAUCACUCCACCGAAAACCUCACCACCUGCCAAUGGGGCCAAGGUAACGCCUCUGAAGCCAGUGCUUACGCCCACGCAGGCGGAUAAGAAGACGCCCAGUCCGGAGAAGCGCAGUUCCGCCCAAAUGGGCAGCCAUUCACCAACGGCAAGUGAAAACAAGUCGCCCAAAGGAGGAGCGAACUCGGGAGUGGCCAGCCAGAAUGGAGAUCCGGCGGCCAAGAAGUUCCGGCCCAUCCUGCCGCGCCAGAAUGCCAUGCCCGAGCUGGCGCCCAAGUUGCCAACGCUGGCGCCUCCGUUGGGAUUCAAUCCACCCCAAAAUCUAGCCACCGCCAAGAAGGUGCCGCCCAGCAAGAAGUCACCAAAUGCGGGAGCCACUACUGGUGGUCAGCAGAAGCUGGCGAACGGCGGAGCACAGCAGCAGGCGUCGCAGAAACCCAGUCCGCCCCAGAAGAACCACCAACAGCAGCAGCAGCCGAGCAAGAAAGUGUCCAAGAACCCAACGCCACCGCCGCCAUCCCUGCCAGCAGUGGCCAAAAUGCUGCACAGCCAGAACGCCCCGCUCAGCAUCGCCUCCAGCGCCAGUGCUGCGGCAGUCGCCUCGGGUCAACUGGACCUGACCAACUUCAUCAAGGAGAACCUGAUGCGCGUGCAGGCGGCGCAGGCUGCCCAGGCGGCGGCCGCUGCCAACCAGUCGAAUAUGAUGUACAACUUUGCCCAGAUGGGUCACAUGUCCCCGGCGAUGUACGGCUACCAGCAGGCCUAUCUCAUGGAGCAGCUGUCGCGGAUGCAGCGCGCCGGCAACGAGGUGUUCAACGAUUACCUGCAGAAGCUGAAGAGCGCUGCCGGUGGCCCGGGAAGCGGGGGACCGGCGGAGGGAGAGGUGAAGCCCAUGCUGCCCACGGUGACGUUGCCCAGUCCGGCGGGAGCCACUCCGCCGGCAGCCAGCCCAAAAACCUCGCCCCUGCCGGUUGGAAAACUUGCGGCAGCGGCAACAGCAACGGCAACGGUGCCCCAAAGCAAGGGAAACGGCGGCGGCAGUGGAGCGAGUGCACGGCAACAGACGGCAGCCACCGCAGCCUCUGCCGCCUCCUUGCCACCGGCCACCAAGAGCAAGUGAAGGAAGGAAGGAAGCGAGUCGCAUUUGCAACCCCCCACGUAGCUCUAAUUAAUUUUUAAAGACCUUGUUUUAGUUAUUCAUUUACGUUACCCGUUCGCUCGUCGUUGGUGCUUUAGCAGAGCCCACGACCAGAACCAAUUCCUCGCCCUAAUUACGGUGGCUUGAAAUCCAACCCCUGCACCUGGGGGUGGAUUCUCUUCACCCAAAAAAAAACGGAAUAAAUUGUUACACAUCCAGCCGAGUGUAAACUGCCCUCGGUAGUGAGACAACGCUCUUGUAAAUAUACAUUUAUUAAACCCUACAGAUUUUUAGAUCUAACACAGUGAUGUUGAAUUGUAUUAAAGAACAAACGGAGGAUAAGACAGCGAUUCAGAAUCGAUAUAUAUGCAGAUAUACGAACUAUAUUUAUUCAUUUUACCCUAAGCUAAGCUAAUCUAAUCCUAAGUGUAAAUACCAGUCGUAAGAUACCAUUUUGUAUAAUCUUUUGUACGUAAAAUCAAGCGGAAAAAUAGAAAUCUAAUUUAUGCCAAAAAA